AUGGGAAGUACUAGUAGUGUAAUAAGUAACGCUGAUGUGCAAAACGACGGUAGUGUAGCGAGGAACAGGGCUACUAAGGCGUACAAGGCGAUCAGCUGCGAGGAUGAUCUUGGCGGGGUGGGCUCUCUGGACGCCACGUGUCAGAUCAGCAGCCACGUGCUGGUUCCUGAUGGGACGGACGUUUCUGGAAACGGCACGCUGGAGAUUCUUGCAGCUGUCAUGCUGCGAGAGGGUGCCAGCUUGGCAGCCUGCACGCUAUUGGUCGAAACUGGGCGGCUGACUGUGGCGUUUGGGGCGGCAGUAACGGCCAAGGGGCUCGCAGCAAAGGCGCCGGAUCAGACCAGUGGCACGCCGACCGAUGGGAAGGGGUCGGGGGGCGGGUAUGGUGGGCGAGGCGCAUCGUGUAGCGUGAACAGUGCCAGGCAGAGGAGCAUGAAUAGUGACAAUGUGGGCGGCAGGAGCGGCAGGGGGAUUAGGGGCAGCAGUGGCGGAAGAAACAGUGUCAGGGGGGAGAUCGGGGGCGGAAGCGGAUGGGGGGCCAAGGCGGAAUCAUGGGGGGAAGAGGCGGAAUCAUGGGGGGGAGAGGCGGAAUCAUGGGGGGGAGAUGCGUAUGCCUGGUCCACCCUCACUGAUCCGUGGAAAACGGGUAGCAAGGGGGGCGCGUUAGGGGAGGCGGAUGGGGGGGGGCUGGGGGGAGGGCGAGUGCGCAUUGUGGUGCGGGGGGAGGUGGUGGUGGAAGGGCGGAUAGACGCGGAUGGGGGGGAUGCGCAGACGGGCAGCAUGGGGAGCCUUGGGGGAGGAGGGUCAGCAGACACGUCUUCUCAGUUCCCUCUCUCGCCCUGUCCUCUCCCCCCUUCUCUUCCCCCUUCCUUCCCUCUUCAACAACGCCCCUCCAGCCAAGGCACUGGGCGCAUCUGCGCCAAUGGGGGAAAGGGGCACGGGGGAGGCGCGGGGGGGCGCGUAGCCAUCCAAUACCAGCCCCCCCCAUCCUCCCGCUCCCCCUCCCUCUCCUCCCCUUCCUCCUCCACUUCCCCCUCCUCCCCAUCCCCCUACCCCUCUCCCUCCUCCGCGCUCUCCCCCACCCUAUCCAUCCAAGCCACUGGGGGCCCCAGUGAGGCCUGCCCUUAUAACGCAGGCUCAGCCGGAACAGUCUUCAACUGGGCCAAACAAACCCUCGUUAUAGGAAACUCCAACCAGCCCUCGCACACCUUCACACCGCUCUUCACCGUGCCACUAUACCCCUACUGGGACGGCAUUAUAGUGGAAGGGGGGGCCAAAGUUGUCGCCCUGACCCGGAACUUCCGCCUUCGAAUCCGCUCCUGCGUGUGGUUCCGGGAAGGUUCCAGCGUGCUGUUUGGGAGCAGCACCGGGGGAGGGGGAGGGGGAGGCGGAGGGGGAGGGGGGGAUCAGCCUCCAUCUCCACCGUUGGAUCCUGAUGAGGCGGAGGUGGAGGUGGUGGUGGCGAAUCUGACGCUCACGAAUGCGACUCUGGAGGUGUAUGGGACGAUCAAGGGCGGUUCCUCCCUGGUCAGCUCGGGCCACGUGUGGCUGCAUGGGCAGAACGAGCUCGCUCUGGGCGGCAGGAGUCUGCUAGCUGCCAAAAAGCUCCUCAUCUCCAUGUUCAUUGCCGUCCGGGUUCUGGGCGGCAGCCGGAUCGCCGCCCCUCUCUCGCACGCCGCCCUUUCCCACCUCCAGUCACUCUCUGAGGGCGGCAGCACCGAACCAACAUUCCUGCUACAGCCGGCAUUCUCGCUACAGCCGAGUGUCUCUCUGCUACAGCCGCAGGAAAGCAGCAGCAAUGCGGCAAGCGGGAGCUGGGGCAGUCACUCCUUCUUGCCCUCCCCCUCCUCCUCCUCCUCCUCCUCCUCCUCCUCCUCCUCCUCCUCCUCCUCCUCCUCCUCCUCCUCCUCCUCCUCCUCCUCCUCCUCCUCCUCCUCCUUUGGCUCUGUGGCGGCGUAUGGUGGGUUUGCAGUGGAAAUAGAGGACCUGCCUUACUGCCACGUGGAGGAGUGUCCGUCCAGUGUGUCUCUUUCUUCCGCUGCUGCUGCUGCCGCUGCUGCUCUUGAGACGCUUAGAGGCAGAGAAAGUGGACAGCAGCAGUGGAAACAAGAGGAAGAACAAUACGGGCCUUCCACUCUGCCUACCUCCCUCCUUCCCAAACCUAUCUGUCCUCCUCUCCGCCAUUCCCGUGCAGGUCUGUUGUCUGGACAGCCUAUACGUGCAAGGGGCGAUGGAGGGGGGCAUUGCUUAUAUGUGCAAGGGGCAAUGGAAGGGGCGUUGGUGCGCAUAGAUGCCUCCUCCUCUCUGGUCAUCGACCACCGAGCGUCCAUCUCUGCUUCGGGCCUUGGUUGCCUGCCGGGCCAUGGCGUAGGGCAUGGCAGGGACGCACCAGCAGGGGGGAGUGGCGGAGGGGGGCAUGGGGGAAAGGGCGGUGCCGGCCAUUUCAAUGGGUCCCGGGCGGCAGGAGGGGCUGCAUACGGACGAACGAUGCCGCCCUGCAGUGUUGGGAGUGGGGGAGGGCUGGGGCCGGAGGGUCGAGGGAACAGCGGAGGCGGGCUGAUAGUGCUGGGCCCUGUGGCCCGCCUGGAGCUCUGGGGCGGCUCUCUGGCAGCAGACGGCUCGUUUCUCAACACACGUACUGUGGGAGGCGGGGCAGGGGGAAUGGGGGGCGGAGGAAGGGGAGAGGGAGGGGGAAGAGGGGGAGCGGCAGGUGGAGUAGGGGGAGUGGGGGGCGGAGAAGUAGGAUUGGAAGCUGGAAAAAGGGAAGUGGGGAGCGGAGGGUUGGGAGGAGGGGCAGGGGGGACGGUGGUGAUUCACGCAGCUUACCUGAACAUAACUCGAGGGGCUGUGAUAUCGGCUGCAGGCGGGCAGGGGCAUUCGGUGGGGGGAGGCGGAGGGGGCGGGGGGAAGUUGUACUUCGCAUGGCAGAACCUGGAGCGGACGAGAGGGGAUGAGUACACACCACGUGCUACUAUCGAGGGGAAUUGGACUGAUGCUAUCAAAACAAGUGGAGGCCAGGGCAGCUACGAGGGGGAGGAUGGUGAGGUGGGAGUGACGGGGUCGGCGGAUUGUCCACCGGGGCUGGUGGGGCUGUUGUGUGAGGAGUGCCCUGUGGGAACCUUCAAGACCCAGUCCGGCUCCGACCCUUCUCUCUGCCUGCCCUGCCCGCUCGACCUGCUGCCACACCAUGCUGAAUUCACCUACAAGCGAGGCGGUGCCAGCAGUGCCCCUUGUCCCUACCGCUGCCUCUCCUCGCACUUCUCUCUGCCCCACUGCGACACGCCAAUGGAAGGGCUCAUUCGCGACCUGGGCGGGCCAUGGGUGUUCGCCCUGGCCUGCACGCUCUCCGUGCUGCUGCUGGGGUUUGCGAUUACUCUCGCUCGUGCGAGAUUGCUGCUGGCAGGGGACGACCUGGCCCAGCCGCAGACGAGGGACUCAGACGUCUCUUCCCAUAUGGACCACUCCCUGCCUUUUCUAGAGUCUCUGAACGAGGUGAUGGAGAACACGAGGGUGGAAGAGGCAGCCUCACAUGUCCACCGGGUCUUUUUCUGCGGAGACAACUCCUUCUCUCACCCGCUGCACCUCCCACACUCCCCGCCCCGCGCCAUCUCCGAUCUCGUAUACGAAGACUCAUACAACCGUCUUGUCGACGAGGUGAACGCAAUCGCGUGUUUCCGGUGGUGGGAGGGGUGUGUGCACUCGCUGCUGGCGCUGCUCGCGCUGCCGUUUGCAUGGUCGUGGCAGCAGUGGCGGCGCCGCCUGGUGGUGCAGCGGCUGAGGGAGUUUGUUCACACGCGCUACGACCACUCGUGUCUCCGCUCCUGCCGCUCCCGCGCUCUAUAUGAAGGGCUCAAGGUGUCAGCUACCCCGGAUCUGGUCCUAGGCUACAUGGACGUGUUUCUGGGCGGCGACGAGAUGGCCACGCACAUGCUGCCGAGCUUUGCCGACCGCCUGCCGCUGCUGCUGGUGCUGGGCGGCAACGGGUCGUACAUGGCACCGUACCAUCUCUUUACGGACGACCUCCUUACGAACAUCAUCUCCCAGGUGUGCUCUCAGGUCAGGUGUGUCCCGCUUCCCCAUUCCAUCCCAUCCUAUUCCAUCCCAUCCUAUUCCAUCCCAUCCUAUUCCAUCCCAUCCUAUUCCAUCCCAUCCUAUUCCAUCCCAUCCUAUUCCAUCCCAUCCUAUUCCAUCCCAUCCUAUUCCAUCCCAUCCUAUUCCAUCCCAUCCUAUUCCAUCCCAUCCUAUUCCAUCCCAUCCUAUUCCAUCCCAUCCUAUUCCAUCCCAUCCUAUUCCAUCCCAUCCUAUUCCAUCCCAUCCUAUUCCAUCCCAUCCUAUUCCAUCCCAUCCUAUUCCAUCCCAUCCUAUUCCAUCCCAUCCUAUUCCAUAUUCCAUCCCAUCCUAUUCCAUCCCAUCCUAUUCCAUCCCAUCCUAUUCCAUCCCAUCCUAUUCCAUCCCAUCCUAUUCCAUCCCAUCCUAUUCCAUCCCAUCCUAUUCCAUCCCAUCCUAUUCCAUCCCAUCCUAUUCCAUCCCAUCCUAUUCCAUCCCAUCCUAUUCCAUCCCAUCCUAUUCCAUCCCAUCCUAUUCCAUCCCAUCCUAUUCCAUCCCAUCCUAUUCCAUCCCAUCCUAUUCCAUCCCAUCCUAUUCCAUCCCAUCCUAUUCCAUCCCAUCCUAUUCCAUCCCAUCCUAUUCCAUCCCAUCCUAUUCCAUCCCAUCCUAUUCCAUCCCAUCCUAUUCCAUCCCAUCCUAUUCCAUCCCAUCCUAUUCCAUCCCAUCCUAUUCCAUCCCAUCCUAUUCCAUCCCAUCCUAUUCCAUCCCAUCCUAUUCCAUCCCAUCCUAUUCCAUCCCAUCCUAUUCCAUCCCAUCCUAUUCCAUCCCAUCCUAUUCCAUCCCAUCCUAUUCCAUCCCAUCCUAUUCCAUCCCAUCCUAUUCCAUCCCAUCCUAUUCCAUCCCAUCCUAUUCCAUCCCAUCCUAUUCCAUCCCAUCCUAUUCCAUCCCAUCCUAUUCCAUCCCAUCCUAUUCCAUCCCAUCCUAUUCCAUCCCAUCCUAUUCCAUCCCAUCCUAUUCCAUCCCAUCCUAUUCCAUCCCAUCCUAUUCCAUCCCAUCCUAUUCCAUCCCAUCCUAUUCCAUCCCAUCCUAUUCCAUCCCAUCCUAUUCCAUCCCAUCCUAUUCCAUCCCAUCCUAUUCCAUCCCAUCCUAUUCCAUCCCAUCCUAUUCCAUCCCAUCCUAUUCCAUCCCAUCCUAUUCCAUCCCAUCCUAUUCCAUCCCAUCCUAUUCCAUCCCAUCCUAUUCCAUCCCAUCCUAUUCCAUCCCUUCCUAUUCCAUCCCAUCCUAUUCCAUCCCAUCCUAUUCCAUCCCAUCCUAUUCCAUCCCAUCCUAUUCCAUCCCAUCCUAUUCCAUCCCAUCCUAUUCCAUCCCAUCCCAUUCCCUUUCCUCCCACAUCCCAUCGCAGGCCAUCCCCCCAACAGUGUGGUACCGCCUGGUAGCGGGGUUGAACGCCCAUAUGCGCACCGUUACCCACGGCGCCUUGCAGAGAUCGCUCAAGCCCCUGCUGCGCUGGCUGUGCACGCAUGUCAACCCUUCGCUGGAAGCCCACGGCGUCUCCGCACACCUGGCCUGGCUGCAGCCAGCAUAAUCCAGCUUGCUCUGUGUCUCGACCACCCCGAGAGCACCGAUCACUGCAACGACUACCUCCCCUCUUCUGCUGCUGCUGCUGCUUCUGCCGACCCUGCUGGCCAUUUGUCUGGUCCGAGCCUCACCUCCUUCGCUUCGGCAGCUGCGCCGAACUUGGCCGGUUUUGGCAGCAGCUUCGGGAGCAGUCGGCUGGGUGGGUUCGGUGGUUCGGACACAGGAUGGGGCAGGGCAGGAGAGAGACUGGGACCUGAAGUCUCUGCUUCUGCUUUCACUUCUCCUCGCACUGCUACUCUUCCUCCUUCCGCUCUUCCCCCCUCUGCCUUUGCUCCUGUCUCUUUGCUUUCCUCUCACGCUCGGGCGUUGUCGGAUGUCCCCCGCUCCAUCUCCUCUCUCUCGCACCAACACACCCCGCACCAACACAACUCGCAGCGGCAGCAGCAGCAACAACAGCAACACGAGCACCAGCAGCAGCAACAGCAGCAGCAGCGGCAGCGGUGGCAGCAAAGCAUCUCCCCAUCCUCUCUUCUCUCAAAUCCCUACCUCAAUCCCUACUCCGCUUCCUCUCUCUACACCCCAUACUCGUUAACAGCCACUCCCACCUCCUCCACCGCACACCCCUAUUCCACCACAUCCCCCUCACCCCUCCCAAUGACCCUACCCUCUCAACUCGAUGCUCUCCUUCUCCUACGUGACGCCUCCACCCAACCAGCUGUCGCCACGUCAGCAGGCUUAUCCACUCGUUACUUGCCAGCUGGAGGCUUCAGCGGCUACAGUGGCGGUGGCUAUUCGGGCAGGGCUGGGAGCGCUGGUGCCACUCCUGGUGGCCCACUGGGUGGGGAGGGCGCUGGUAGACUCUACUCCCAAAGCUCCUUGCAAGAGCAGCAGCAGCAGCAACGACAACAACAGCAGCAGCAGCAGCAGCGAAGGCAGCAAGAAGACUUGAGUGUCCGGUUGCCGGCUCGAGCACUAUCAAUAAAGCUUCCCUCUCAGCAGCAGCAGCAGUCAGGAGGGGAGCGAAGCCCUUCCCUUUCAUCCCUCCCCCCUCUCUCCCCUCAUAGGUUCGAACACCGACCCUCCCUCUCACACCUCCCCUCUGCUGAACCUACACCCGGACCUGCUGGCCCGGCUCACUUUGCUCCCAGGUUCGACACAGGCUCGGGAAGCGGUCUGGCAAGAAGCAUCCACGGCUCGAUUCCCGAGAAUCUCUCUUUGCUGAGUGACAAGGAGGCGAGAUGGGGCGGCGAGAGGAGGCAAGUGGAGCGGCAAAUUUCGUCUGUUUCUGCGGGGUUGCUGUGGCAGGCGGCGGGGGGGCGGGUGGGGAAGAGGCAGCAGGGGGGGCUGAUAGACGCACAGGUGUUGCAGCGGCUGGAUGGGGGGCGAGGGCUAUACUUGCCUGGCUGUGGGCUGCUGCUGCGAAACACCCUGCCGGUUGGCCACGAUGCAGCAGUGGGUUUGGCCAUGUCAAUGCUUCUCCUGGCCGACCUCUGCCUCUUCCUCCUCUGCCUACUCCAGUCCUACAGCACCUCCCUCCUCGCCUUCGCUCUCAUGCUCUUUGUCCUGCCGCUCGCGCCGCUCUUCUCAGCAGCAGCGGGGUUGAAUGCCCUCUUUGCCCAUGGGGCGAGGGGAGGAGCGGGGCUGGGAAGGGUCUAUGGGCUCUGGAACAUCACUUCGCUUGCCAACGGGGUGGUUGCUGUGACCCUGGGAGUGUUUCAUGUAUGGCAAACUUACAAGGGCACUCCUUCAGGUGCUCCUCCCAGGGAGUCAGCAGCAACAGAAGAGUUUACGUGGCUGCUAUUCCCUGCCAUGUUCGUGGCCUGCAAGCUGGCUCAAGCACGAGUCAUAGACCGCCACGUGGCAAAUCUGGAGAUUCAGGAUCGCACCCUGCUGGCAGAGGACCCGACUGUCUUUUGGGAGGCGUAA